GGUCACCCUCGGCCGCCCUCCGGUCCCGCCUCCCCCCCGCGCUCCCGGCGCCCGCGGGGGCGCGCCCCUGCCGCCGUACAUAUACUCAGGUGCGCCGCACCUGUCCGCCCGCACCUGCCCGCUCGCCGCCGAGCCUCCUCGCCCUGCAGCCUCAGGCCGACAGCCCAGGGCACCUCGGGGACUUCCAGAACCCAGGACCGGGCGCACACAGCCCCUCCGCCUUCUGUCUGGGUAGGGGCGCGGGGGAGGCCGGAGGGGGACGGCCCGGCCUUGCAGGAUCGCUCUUCCCACCACCAGUCCGCCGCGUCGCCCGACCCUUCGGCUGACACCCUCGCCCCGCCUGAAGGACCGAUUUGUGGGCUUUUGUUGUUGUUUCCGAGUGACAAAAAGAUCUGGUCGCUCGACCCCAAACUUCUCUUUGGGUGACUCGUCUCUUUCUGUGGGGCUGCCCCCCCGAGGCGGGUCCGCUUUCGCGCAGGGUCGCCCGCCCGGCGUCCCCAGGCUUUUCCGAGGGCGAAGAUGGCCAAUUCGGGCCUGCAGCUGCUGGGCUUCGCCUUGGCCCUGCUGGGCUGGGUGGGCCUGGUGGCGUCCACCGCCAUCCCGCAGUGGCAGAUGAGCUCGUACGCGGGCGACAACAUCAUCACGGCCCAGGCCAUGUACAAGGGGCUGUGGAUGGACUGCGUCACGCAGAGCACCGGCAUGAUGAGCUGCAAGAUGUACGACUCGGUGCUCGCCCUGCCGGCGGCCAUACAGGCCACCCGAGCCCUCAUGGUGGUGUCCCUGGUGCUGGGCUUCCUGGCCAUGUUCGUGGCGACGAUGGGCAUGAAGUGUACGAGCUGCGGGGGCGACGACAAAGUGAAGAAGGCCCGCAUCGCCAUGACCGGAGGCAUCAUCUUCAUCGUGGCAGGUCUUGCUGCCUUGACAGCUUGUUCCUGGUACGGCCACCAGAUUGUCACAGACUUUUAUAACCCGCUGGUGCCCAUGAAUGUGAAGUACGAGUUCGGCCCCGCCAUCUUCAUCGGCUGGGCGGGCUCCGCCCUGGUCAUCCUGGGAGGCGCGCUGCUCUCCUGCUCCUGCCCCGGGAGUGGGAGCAAAACUGGGUACCGCGCACCCCACUCCUACCCGAAGCCCAACUCUGCCAAGGAGUACGUGUGAGCGGGGACCCCCGGGGCCGGCCUGGCAGCCCGACCGCGCGCCGCCGGGGUACCUGAGGCGGCCGGUGGGGGGGGGGGGCCGAGGCAGAGCAGAGGCGCCGCCCCCCUGUGCCCGCACCGUGUACAGUUCCCCCGAGGGGGUGGGCGAAGGACCCAAAAACCGGGGAGGGUGUGUUUUGUACAGAAUAAAAAAGUUAACUUUUGGAAA